AAAGCGUUGAAACAGGCUUGCUUUUGAGCCGCUGAUCAAUUCCUAAUCAUAGGCGGCAAGGUUACAUUCAAGCAGUAAAGACAGCCCUGGCCCUGACUCUGCGGGCCACGGUUGCUAAGCGAAACGAGACUGCAGCUUGCCUCUGCCGUGCUUGGAAGCCUUUUCUGGGCAGUGCUGAUUAAACGCUACGAAAAUAGUAGCAGAACCAAUGGAGCAACAGAGAGCAAACAAUGCAUUGUUUGAUCCUGCCGCCGUCAACCUUAACCUUAAUCUCGCCGCAAAGUAGUGAGACGGGGUCACCAGAGACUCGGGACUGCUACGCGGGACCGCGUCCUUCUGGGGUGUUUAGUCAUGGUCGCCAGCCAUCUGGGACGCCGUAUGCCGACUCGAUGCCGCUUAGCCAUGUGGCCAGCCACCCAGCUGCGAUUACUUACUGCUGUAUCGGGUGCGCUAGACGACUAAAACUGGCAUCCCAGGUGGCUGAAUCAUCUCGGAAACGCGAGCCGAUCUUGGUCCGUGAUGAAAGGACGUCCACGUGAGCAGGCCAUGCAGAGGGCGGGUGACGUGGAGAAUGUCGCCAGCAGCGAGAGCCGGGCCUGUGGCAUAUGCAGCAACUCGCGGCAGAUGAAACCCG